AUGACUCGUCCGGAGAUCGAACUCCCAACCUUCCAAUCUCAGGACUUUGUUCUAGUGUGGGAGGUGAAACGGAGAAAGUGUCGCUCCCAAAAGAGGGGGAGAUUGGAGACCAGCGUCAGGGAGGUCGGGGGAGGGCCAGAGGAGGAGAGAAGCAGGUCUGAAUGGAGAAAGACUCAGCUGGCUCGAUGGAGGGACAAAUUCACCCAAAACCUGCAGAAUACCGGCCUGCUGCUGGAAAAGGAGGAGACAGUGAGACAGGAAAAAAUCCAUCCAUUAUCUGAAACUUACGCCCCCUGGGAUGUGUUGGUUUAUUAUGCAGAGGAGCUCAUUCUAAGAGUGCCCCUACAGGCUCAACCAAACCCAGACUUCUAUACGUCUGACUGGAUCCUUCGGAAGCUAUGCAUUCCCAACAUCAUGGCUGAGUCCGUGCCCAGCAGGCCACUGGACUACUACACUUGUGCCUUUCGCAAGUCAAAUGGAGAAGUGAGUACCUAGAUGGAGAAGUUCCUUGGCUUUGAGGACCAUGACACCUACUUCACUAAUACACAGAGACACCGUAUAGUGUAUAAGCUUCUGGCAAGUAUGGUGUAUGGCAAGAGGAAGAGCACGGAGGUGGGCGUGGAUCGACUGCUCAACAAGUAGGCAUACACUGCAGCGUUUCCCUUGCAUGAGGGCCCCUUUGAGCUGCCAGAGUAUGAGGUGUGUCCAGAUGAGCUCAACCAGAGGCAGGUCUUGUUCCGGUAUUGGGCCCGCUGGUCUAAGUGGUACAAGUACCAGCCACUGGACCACAUCAGAGAAUACUUUGGAGAGAAGAUAGCCUUUUACUUUGCCUGGCUGGGCUUCUACACAGCCUGGCUGCUCCCCGCGGCAGUGGUGGGGACCUUUGUCUUUGUGUCAGGAGUUAUGUCCGAGGGCACCAACACUCCUGCAUGAGAGAUCUGUAGCAGUGGGAACAGCUACCUGAUGUGUCCUCUCUGUAAGACCUGCAAGCCCUGGAACAUGUCUGAUAUCUGCCCCAUGGCUAAGGUGGGCUACCUGUUUGACCACCCCGGGACAGUUUUCUUCAGUGUGUUCAUGUCAUUCUGGGCAGUCACCUUACUGGAGUACUGAAAACGCAAGAUGGCCACCCUGGCUCACCACUGGGACUGCAUGGACUUCCAAGAGGAGGAGAAGCCUCCUCGGCCUGAGUUUGCGGACAUGGCUCCAGCUAUGGAGCACAACCCAGUGACGGGAGUGAAAGAGCCCUACUUCCCAGAGAAGGCCCGGCUGUCCCGCAUUCUCACUUUUUCUACCCUUGUCUAUCCCCAGUUUUGUGUGGUGAGGAUCUUCCUGGUGAAAGUGACCAUGUACCGUGGGAUAGUGAGUGUGAUGAUGUACCGCACAGGCAGCGUUGUGCUGCGCACUCAGGUACAGAACAUUGCCAAUAUCUCCAGCAGUUUGGUGAAUCUGGCCCUGAUUCUGCUGAUGGGGCUGCAGCUCACUAAAUUGGGUUCUCCUUUUCAUCCUUUUCUGUUUCAGAAGUGUGUAAAGCCCUGA